AUGUGCGCACAGUGCGACGUGUUCUACUGCGAGCCGUGCCGGAUGCGAUGCCACCCGCCCCGAGGGCCCCUGGCCAAACACCGCCUGGUGCCGCCCGCGCAGGGACGGGUCAGCCGCCGGCUGAGCCCCCGCCUGGAGGAGGGCCGUGGUCUCAACUCCAGCCACGAGGUUGAAAGGCGGCUGGGGGCCAAUGUGGAAGCUGCCACAAGGGUCACCACCACGCCAGCCCAGCCCCCACAGGCUUGCCCCAGAGCCAAUCAGCCCCUGGCCUUGAAUGCUCCCGCCAGGCGCAUGGGCAUCCAAACAGCCUCCUUGGCAUUCAGUCGCCACAAGCCCCGCACUCGCAGCACCACCGCCGCAUGCGGACGCUGCUUCUUCUUCCCCCUGCAGAGCCAGCUGUCCCAGGCCUUGAACGGGUUGUCAGACAGAGCCAAGGAGGCUAAAGAGUUCCUGGUGCAGCUCCGCAACAUGGUGCAGCAAAUCCAGGAGAACAGCGUGGAGUUCGAGGCCUGCCUGGUGGCUCAAUGUGACGCCCUCAUCGAUGCCCUCAACAGAAGGAAAGCCCAGCUGCUGUCCCGCGUCAACAAGGAGCACGAGCAUAAGCUGAAGGUGGUGAGAGACCAGAUUUCUCACUGCACGGUGAAGCUGCGGCAGACCACGGGGCUGAUGGAAUAUUGCCUGGAGGUCAUCAAGGAGAACGACCCCAGCGGCUUCUUGCAGAUCUCCGACGCUCUCAUCAGGAGGGUGCAUUUAACGAGGACCAGUGGGGCAAAGGACGCUCACACCCCGCAUGACACGGACUUCGACCUGAACCUUGACAACGGCCCCCUGCUGCAGUCCAUCCAUCAGCUCGACUUCGUGCAGAUGAAAGUUUCCUCUCCAGUGCCCCCCCCCAUCCUGCAGCUGGAGGAGUGCUGCACCCACAACAACAGUGCCACGCUGUCCUGGAAGCAGCCCCCCUUGUCGACGGUGCAGGUGGAAGGCUACAUCCUGGAGCUCGAUGAUGGCAAUGGAGGGCAGUUCAGGGAGGUGUAUGUGGGCAAGGAAACCAUGUGCACGGUGGAUGGGCUUCACUUCAACAGCACUUACAGUGCCCGUGUCAAAGCCUUCAACAAAACAGGAGUCAGCCCCUACAGCAAGACCCUGGUGCUGCAGACAUCCGAGGAAACGCAGUCAGAAGAACAGACCCUCCCUUUUCCAGUGCCUUUGGAAAGAUUGCAGCUUCGUAGAAUGAGUCCUUUCUCCUCCACCCUUAAUCUACAACCCAGCUUCCCGGGGAGAUCCUACUUUGAGCUAAGAUCUUCGGCCCACCAGCUGAGCUUGCAUUCUUCCUUACAGUCCCUGAACUCAGCCGGAUGCAAUUUUGAGACACAAGGAACGCCUUACUCUCAAUUAGUUGACAUUAAAAAGAUGGUGGCAGCUUGGUUUUCUUUCGAUCCUGCCUCUGCACACUCUGACAUCAUCUUUUCUAACGACAACCUGACUGUCACCUGCAACAGCUAUGAUGACAGGGUCGUGCUGGGGAAAACGGGCUUUUCCAAAGGGCUGCACUACUGGGAGUUGUCCAUCGAUCGUUACGAUAACCACCCGGACCCGGCCUUUGGGGUGGCACGUAUCGACGUCCUGAAGGAUGCCAUGCUAGGCAAGGACGACAAGGCGUGGGCCAUGUAUGUGGACAACAACCGCAGCUGGUUCAUGCACAACAACUCUCACACCAACAGGACUGAGGGUGGGAUAACAAAAGGUGCCACGGUGGGAGUGCUGCUGGAUUUGACCAGGAGGACCUUGACGUUCUCCAUCAAUGAGGACCAGCAGGGCCCUGUCGCCUUUGAGAACUUGGAGGGCCUGUUCUUCCCAGCCGUCAGCCUCAACAGGAAUGUGCAGGUGACGCUGCACACGGGGCUGCCGGUCCCUGAGUUCUACGCCUCGCGCUCGGCCAUGCAGUGAGGAUGAGGCAGCGCGGAGCUGCGAGCGCCGGCACCGGGGGCAGCCAGAAGGGAAGGAGGAACCCGGCUUUGGCAAUCUUCAUUCUCCACCCACCAGCGCUGUCCUGUGUGUGUAUGCUUUGCUGUUUAGCUCUUUUUGGCUGAUGAAGUACUUGAGUAGCCUGAGAUGUCCCUGUGUCCGCUUUUAGGUUUGGUUUCGCCCCUUUGAGUUGGGGAUUGGAGUUGGGAUGAGAGCUUCCCAUCCUGCGUCCUGCUGCAGCUGGCUGAGCCACAUGGCUGGGCUGUGGGAGGGACCCCCCCAGAAAGCUUUCGCCCCCUCCAGCCCCAUUCCUUUGCAGGAUAUUUCUUUCCCCGUGGCCUUUCUUGCAGAGCACCUCCGCCACAUACCAGGGCCAGCCCUGGAUUGCUGCUGGUCCCUGCAGAGCCCAGGGGUGUCCUACACACUACAGCAGCCCCAGCAGCACCCCUCUGCUGUUGGGGUGUUGCAGCUCCCAGCGAAGGCAGCAGCACCCCGGGGCGAUGCUCCAUGGCUGGGGUUAAACCACAGCCAUCUGCUGGAGCAGAGCUGCAUCGUUGCCGGGGUCAGUGCCGGCAGAACGGUGAGCAAAACUGGUCCCAUCCCUGUGCCACCAAGGCUGGGCACAGCAGGGGCAGGAUUCGGGGCAAAGCCAGCACCCGGCUCCCUACAAACCAGCACCACAGCCAUAUGCCGCACUGCUCCUUGGAGGCAAGCAUUUAUUUUUGUACAGCCUUAAAUACUGCCCCAUAGCAUCCUUCCCUUGGCAGGAAAACUCACUCAGCAGUGAGGUUCUGACAGGGAGCCCGGGGAUGGGGAGCACGGAGGGUUGACCUGCACUCAGGAUCCCGUGCCCACUGCCGUGCCUGCCCCGUGGCCGUGCCCCAGGGGUGAUUCAGGCUCUGGGCAGCACCACGCCUGCAGCCCAGAGUAUGUGUAUACUCCUACCCAAGGGCCAUGCAUGCGCUCAUCCCCACGCUUUGCUUUGCAGUCCUUUGCCCUCGCAGCGGCGGUGCUGCCCGUGCCAUCAGAAAGCUGUGGCUGUUCGCCCCAGGUCCGGCAGAACGACUGUAUAUAGGUCACCCCCUCCCCAUCACCCCCUUAUCCCCUCCGUCCCCUUGUUGCUCUAGUACGAAACUCACCUAAUUUAUUGACUGGGUGCUAUUUGUCCAUCCACACCGACGAGUUCCUCCGCUGUAGGAGAGCUGUGUUGCGGGACAACGCCGAGCAGCUCUUCGGUGUUUGCCCGACAGGCUCCGUGGCCGGGUCACGGGGCACCUUCCUCUGCCAUUCCCCCCCUUCCUUAGGAUGUUCAUGGUGCUUAUUAGGCUCCUCAUGGUCGUACGGUGUCGUCCCCACUGUCCCGCGAUGAUAGCUGCCUGCAGCUGCUCUGCUCCAGACAAGUGUCAUGGUUGCUGUUCUAAUAAAGGACUUUUAUCAGAUUAAAA